AUGAUCGGGUACGAGAGAGCUUCAAUACCUCGAAUCCCUACUCGUAGCCAGGUCAGAACAGCAGGUGUCGAGGGAGAGUGGGAGAGGCUCCUAGGAGAAGACGCAAUCAGAGAAGCAGUUCGCGAAGCCAAUACUCGAAUCGCUGGCGAGGUAAAUUGGAGCCAUCUGCUCUGGGAUCCUCUGCGAGACUUCGAACUCGCACAUCUCGCCAGGAACAAAAGCCGCGAGAAGGUUGAAAUUGUGAAGCAAAUCUUCGUUGCCAGGCUCCGCGUACCGCACAGAGCUCACGAAGCUACUGCUCAAGUCUUCUCGUCUUUCAUCUCGCAGAACAUGGCGGCUAGCGACUACGAAUCCACCAUGGCGUCUUUGCAAAAGCCUUACAGCAAUAUGAAGACUGCGUGGGCAUCAAUCGAGCGAUAUGAGGAUCAGAUACGAGCUAUGACAGAUCCCAAUACGAGUGAAAUCCACUGGUCGACGUGGAAGACCUACCUGCGGACUGCAGCAAGCUCGAAGAAUGCAGACCAGGACAGGGUAUCCGCUCUCUUCGAACGGUGUAUCGCGACGCUGGGCCUGCCGCCUAGUCUGCAAGAUCCACAGCUCGAGGAGCAUCCGCCGAUAGAAGCUUGGGAGGCCGAACACAGCAAGCAGAGAUACAAGCUGGGGAGGGAAGCAAGACAGGCGCUGGAGAAGACAGAAAGAGAUGCUCAAAGAGAAGCAUGCAGGAAGCGAGAGGAUGUGUGGUCCGACUACAUCUUCUUCCUGACGAUCAGCAAAGCGCCCGCUUCGCAGAUGCUCGAAGUUCUGGAGCGCGCUGUCCGGAUGCUGCCCGCAUCAGGUACGCUAUGGGCUGCCUACCUCCGUCACUCGGCCCGCCUGGGUCGCUCGGAGGCUCACGUCGUCGAGACCUUCACUCGAGCUCUGGAAGGGGGCGAAUGUGUCGCAGACGAUCUAGUCCGGCAACAGGAUGGGGUUGAAACGAAGGACCACAUGGUAGAGCUGCUAGUAGGAAGGGUAGACGCAGAAAGAGAAAGAGCCGCGAUAGCUCUAGGUACAGAGCAGGGAUGCACCAUCCCUCAAGCCCUUGCUCAGCUGCCCAAAGACUCGAAUGCAUUCUCUCAAGUCUACGCUCUGAUGAUGGCGACCCUCGAGAUGCCCGCUGAUCGACCGGCAGCUGCCUCGGACAAGCAAUUGAGAUUACAGAGGCUCGCAGCCGCCUGGGCUGAAGGGGGGAUGGAGGGCCUUGCAUCUUUGGGCGAAGCCAUCUGGGAGACGGCGUUGCGUCAGCAGCCUACAAACGGACUCGUCUGGCUAGAAUCUGCUGCUCUGCAAGCUCGACUCGGCAAUAUUCGGAAGGCUCGGUCAUUAUAUCGCCAAGGCUGCAGUCGCAAUGGUGUGACCGACAGGAGUCAGCUGAUGCAGCAGUGGAAGAACUUCGAGCAAGUGUACGGCGGCGCAGAAGAUGUGACUAGGCUCGAUGAGAAGCUGCGGAGAGAGAGGGACAGGCAGUGGGAAGAGUGGGCACAGUACGCGCAGCUGCAACAGGAGCAAUAUGCAGCCUACUCAAAUAAUGCCAUUGGCGGCAUGGAGAUUGACGGCGCAGAAGACGGCCAGCAGAGUCUCAAACGAGGUCAUGAAGACGAUGAGGGUGGCAGAGACACAGUUGCCGAAUCCACUGGAAGGAUCGCACAAGCAUUACAGCAACCGGAAGGAAGCACAAAGAAAGGCAAGACUACGGGGGACGACCAGCCUAGCAGAGAUCGAGAGAAUGCCUCGGUGCUUGUCUCUGGUAUGCCCAUUGACGCCACAGACGUCGAUCUUCAACGUCUUUUCAAAGAUUGUGGACCGAUCAGAGAAAUCAGUGGCCCCCUUGCUGUAGCAAGCACUGACCCGAGCCAGCCAUACUCGGCUGGGACUGUCGAAUUCAUGGAUAGAUCAUCGGUACCUGCAGCUAGGACCAAAGAUAAGAAGAGAAUGAGAGGGCAAGAAAUCAGCGUUUCGCUAGGAUGGGAAUGUACUCUGUAUGUCACCAAUUUCCCCGAGGAAAUGGACGAUGCGGCGAUGAAGGAGCUCUUUGGAAAAUACGGGCCCCUCUACGAGGUGCGCUGGCCGAGCAAGAAGUUUGACUCAUCGCGAAGAUUCUGCUAUGUCCAAUAUACCACACCGGUGGCUGCUCGAGAAGCACUAGUCCUUCACAAACAUCAGCUUGCCCCGACGUUGGCUUUGGAGGUCUACCUCACCGAUCCCAACCGUCGCAAGCAGCGUACGGAUGCAAACGCCAACGAUCGCGAAAUCUUUGUGUCUGCAAUUCACAAGUCUUGCCAGGAAGAGGACAUCAAGCCUCUCUUUGAAGCGCAGGGUACUGUUGCAGGGUUCAGAAUGCUCUUCACGCCAGAGGGAAAGGCUCAGGGCAAGGCAUUCGUAGACUUUGCCACGCCUCUGGAGGCUCAAAAGGCUAUCGCCGAACUGAAUGGCAAGCUUGUGAAGGGCAAGGCGAUCCGUGUGCAGCUAGUAGAUCCCGCAAAGGCCACCAAAGGCGGCGCUAGCAAUGGCACGGGCCCUCCUGGUUUCCAGGCUAGAGCCAUCAAGGUCUGCGGUCUGCCCCUCAACACACAAGAGGCGCUGAUUCAGCAAUUCUUCGAAAAGGUAGCGGGCGGUGUCGGCAAGGUGAAGAAGGUCGAAUGGACUGCAGGUGCAGAAGGCCGAGGCAAUGCGAUCGUGGAGCUUGAUGACCCCUCGACGGCUGGUCGAUUGACGAUGCUUGGUGAGGUCGAGUACGAUGCAUCUCACCGUCUCACGCUACUUUCUUUGGAGCGGACAGGCGCGGGCAGAGGUGGUCUAGGCUUCGUCAGACCUAGUGCGUCCUUAUCUCAACGUGGGGCUGAGAGCGCAGGCAGCCAAGCAAUGGAUGUGGACGCUGGAGCGCAGACUCAGCCAAAGGGACAGGAUGCAUUCCGCCAGAUGCUGAGCGAGAAGCGGUGAAGCUCUGCACGGGCAGUGCCUUACAUUCGAUCUUGCAUGUUGCAUUCCUGCAGAAAUAAAAUAAAUUUCAUGUGUGAUCAACUAUCAAAGCGGCACUGAUCUCAUGAUUAUUCAGCCUGAGUGUGGAUCCCCCGCUGAAGGGGGGAUGACGAUUUUCCCAGCUUCGGCACGCUCUGGCUGGGUUUGGU